AUUAUCUUUAUGUUAUGUUAUUAUCAUAUAUUCAUGUUAAAUUGCCAAGUGAAUUGAACUGCCGUUAUUAGGCAAUUUAACGAAGAGGCAUUUGUCAACGAACGAUAGCGUUAUCAUUACACAAUAUACAUGACAUUUUUCUCGGAAAAAUACAGAUGGCGAGACUCGCAUACAACAGCUUCGAUUUACAGAGAGAUAGCUGGAAACGAUAUUCAGUAUUGCAACCAUGCGUUGAGGUGCAGUGAGCUUGAUAUGAGCGUGGCAAAAAUUUUGUUCUCGCGGCACGUUUCGAGAUAUUCGGCGCGAAUAUAUACACGUAUUUUGUUAUCAGUAUACAUAAGCUGAUUUUUACGUAAUAGAAUCAGAGAUAACAAAUCUCGAAUGAAAAUAUAACGAAACACAUAGCACAUUGUUCUAUUAUCAACUUAUUUAAUUAUUAUUAUUAUUAUCAACCAGCUGAUUUCAACCGAGAUGGAAAUUUGCAUUGAUUCUUUAGAAUCUGCGAGAAACGCGAUCGAGGGUGGUGCCAAUCGAUUGGAGAUUUGCUCCGCGCUCUCGGAAGGUGGUCUAACACCGAGUCCAGGUCUACUCAAGCAAAUAAGAAACUUCACGACGAUCCCGCUUUACGUCAUGAUACGCAUUCGCGGUGGCGACUUCGUCUACACUACUGAAGAAAUUGACGCUAUGCUGCACGAUCUGAUGAUUCUUAAGGAUCAUCAGGCGGAUGGAUUCGUUUUCGGCGCAUUAACUUCCGACUGUGAGAUCGACACUGUCGCAUGUGAGAAAAUUAUUUCCGCCGCUCAUCCUUUGCCGGUGACGUUCAGCCGCGCUUUCGAUCUCAUGGUCGAUCCUGUCCAGUCGAUGCAAGUCCUCGCCGAUCUUGGUUUCCAGAGGAUUCUGACAUCGGGACAGAGAAAUAGCGCUCUGGAAGGAUUAGAACUGAUAAAAACAUUAGUACAAAAGGCACAAAAAUUAAUAAUUAUGCCUGGAGCUGGUAUCACAAAAGAUAACAUUCGCAAAAUCAUGGAGUCUGGUGCCAAAGAGUUUCAUGCAUCAGCUAAGAGACGAAAAAUGGUGAUUUACGCGAAUAGAGUAAUAUUGGGCUCUAACGAGAAUGAUUUUAUUAAUGUGACUGAUAAGGAAUUAGUGAAGGAAUUAGUCGAUAUCAUCAGAAACGUCAGAAUAAAUGAAUCAGCUUGCGAAAAAUAAUUUUAAAAUAAUAAUCUAAUCAAUAAUAAUCGAUUAUAUAUUUUUAUACGAUUAUACUAUGCAUAGAUAAUAC